CCCCGCCCACCCAGAGACCAUGCAUCCCCUGGCAGGUGCAUUUAUGGGGGAGCAUGAGCAAGACCCCCUGUGACAGUAAGGAACCUCCCACAGCCUGCUCCUCCCCCUUCACACCCCCUUGGAGGUAUAAGGAGGGAACUGACAGCCCAGACUCCUAGGCUCCAGAGAGGGGAAGGGAGGGGCAGAGAGGAAGGGGUAGAAAGACGAGCUUUGGGCACGCAGGGUUUAUUCUCUCUCUGCCUCUCUGCCUGGCACACAUUGCCCAGCUAUGGGAACCUUCGACCUAUGGACAGAUUACCUGGGUUUGGCACGCCUGGUGGGGGCUCUGCGCGGGGAAGAGGAGCCCGAAACCAGGCUGGACCCCCAGCCACAGCCAGCUCCAGGACCAGGGGGUCAGAGGCCCAGCCCGGAAUCACCAGCUCCUGAACGCCUGUGCUCUUUCUGCAAACACAACGGCGAGUCCCGGGCCAUCUACCAGUCCCACGUGCUCAAGGAUGAGGCGGGCCGAGUGCUGUGUCCCAUCCUGCGUGACUACGUGUGCCCCCAGUGCGGUGCCACGCGCGACCGUGCCCACACACGCCGUUUCUGCCCGCUCACGGGCCAGGGCUACACCUCUGUCUACAGCUACACCACCCGCAACUCAGCUGGCAAGAAGGUGUCCCGGCCUGACAAGGCAAGGACGCAGGACUCAGGGCAUCGCCGAGCAGGAGCAGCCUGUGCAGGUUCCAAAGGUGCUGGGAAGUCUUCUGGACCUUCACCCUCUUCCUGCUGCCCCUCCACUUCUGCCUAGGAGACUGGUGCAGGGAGGAUGGAGAUGCUGCCUUCCCCUGGGUGUGGGGACCCAGGCUCAAUGGAGGAUGUAUUUUCCGGGAAGAUCCACCUUGCAGGGACCUGUCCCUCAGCCCUUGCCCCAGCCUGGAGGCCUGGUAAGAGAGCAGGGCCUGAGAGCACAGCUGAAAGAGCCCCCAUGAGGAAGGAGGUGGCCCUCAGACACCCUGGCCCUCCUUCCCCAGCACUGGGCACCCAGU